GUGAUGCCGCAUUGUGCUUCCAACUAAGAUCUUUACAUUUGUUUAUGAAGUGCAUCUGCCUGUCUAUGCAAUACGUAAGUGCUCCCAAAAACUGAGAAUAUAGUCUUUUUCCUUGGAUCAGUUAAAAAUUAAGUUUUGCUUGAGAAGAUAUAAUUUAUUCUCAAGCUUUUAUCCCCCCAACAUCAUAAAGUUUAUUAAAUAAGGUACUUAGACUUAUACAGGCAUUGUUUUAAAGAAUGAAACGAUAGUUUGAUUUUUCCGGUUAUAUCCAAAUUUCAAAUGGAAUCAUUGGAUCUGAACUUCGAGGACCAAUUGUGCAUUUGGCUACAUAUUAGCAAAAGGAAUUGUGGUGUUUGACAAAAAGGCAGUAACAAUGAAAUGAUAUUUUCUUAGCUCGUUGUCUCGGCAAUACCUUGAUUUUGUCGCGUCCUCCGCCACUGGACAGAAGUAUGGGCAGCUGUUAGUGUGUGUGUUUUUGCAAGGUUGCUGCGGUCAAAGUUAAAGUCAACAUAAACUCUCUCCGAUUCGCCACCAAUCGAGAAAUUUCAAUAUUCGACACUUGCCAAUCACACCGGUAGGGGAAACCUAAAUCAAGAAACCCGCAGCAAGGAGACGACGAUGGGCAACUUCGGGAGCAGAGGCGGCGCUGCUCCUCCACCGCCACCGCCGCCCGCUCUUCAAGCCCAUCUACAGGGGGUGCGCCCUCCGUACCACCACCGGUACCCCGAUUGGCCCUCGGGCACCGCUCUGGUGCCGCCGUCUUUGGGGGUGCCAGCGUCGGUGGAGCGGCACAAGACCGUCGCGGUUCUCGCAGGUGUCAACAUUAAGGGGGACUCCCUACGACUGGAGCCCGAUGAUGAUGGCCGUGGCCUCCUACUCGCCUUCUCCUUCGACGCCGACGCCCCCGGAAGCAUAACUGUCUACUUCUUUGCACACAAAGAUGAAGAGCUUAUCUUGAAGGCUACAAAGGAAAACUUGCUCAAACCUGUGACAACAGCUUUCAACAAAGGUCAUAAUCAGGAGUUCAAGCAACCACGUGCAACAGGAAUCGAUGUCUCUCAGUUUGAGGAAUCUGAGCUAACUAAGGUUGGUGAAGGUGGUAUAUUCCCAGUGGCAUUCAAAGUGGACGUGGCUGUAUCAAACAACCAAGAAUUAGAAGGGGCACAUGACGAUGUGGCAUCGAAGUGUCUGGUUAGUUCAACUUCGCCAUGCCGGCACCGUCCCACCUGUACCUGCAGCUCGAGUCGUUCAAGAAGGUGCUCGCCAGGAUCGCGCCAGGAGACGCUGCCGCGAAGAGCCUCGGCGACUCCCUUGUGGUGAUGGACGAGAUCGGCAGCAACGACUACAACUUCUGGUUCUUCAAGCCCGGUAAUCCCAGGGAGACGCCGAACCAGUACAUGCUGAUCGUGGUCGGCCACAUCGGCGCCGCCGUGCAGGAGGUGAUCAGCCUCGGCGCCAAGGCG